AAUGCUACAAUUAUAUCCAUUCCCAUUUUUAUUUCCAAUAAUGCCCUCACAAUUCAAUUCAAAAUGCGCGGCGACGUCUUCGGAACCCUCGAUUUCAAACAUUAUCGUAUUCUCAGCCGUUCGUUGAUCCAUGAAUCCUAGGAGUUCAAACUUCAAACUACAAAAACCAAAGGAGUUCUAAAAUAUUCAGCUCAACCUCAGCUCGAGGAGACGAGAGAGUACGAGAGUGACUUUGGAGAGUGAGGGCGUCGGCGAGAUCAGGUAAGCGAAAAAGAAAAACUUGAAGAGGAAAAUCGGGUUUUACAAGAUUCAUGACAAGAGAAGGGAGAUCUUAAGGUUUCUGAUCCACUCACCAAGACUUACCUGUCAAUUUAUUCUGGUUUCUGAGCGAUUUCAGGAACUCGCAACCUUCAGAUAUUGUUUCUCAGUUGUUCUUUCAGAAUGCUGAGGGAUUUGAAACUAUUUCGACGCAAUUCGGGCAAGAAUCCUGCUGCAGAGGAGAUUGAGAAUGUGCCUGUACACCUGGAAGAUUCAUCUUUGAAUCGCACAGGUAUUAACGUGACAAGGGCUCCUCUAAAUUCGAUCCAGGAGCCUAUUCAAAACCCCAAAUCUGCAACAGAACAAGAAGCAAGUCUUAGAAGCAAGCUUGAUAGAACCCCUUCGAAGUUCAAGGGAAAAGGUUAUGAUGCCACAUUGCCACUUCGAACUCCGGAUAAACAAGGCACAGGGUUUUCCUCAAAGAAUAGGUUUGGGUGGGUGAAGAGCGAUGCCAAUUCGAACGACUCUGAAACUCGUGAGGAGGGGAGGAUUGAUGUAGGCAAUGGCCAGAAUCAUGCGCCGCUGUCAUGCCGUGGGGCUGGCAUGAACAUAACCCCACGUUCAACUCGGACAAUAGGAAGAGCUCCAUCAACAAAUUCCGAGUGCAAUUCAACCCAAAACACACCAACCAAGAGUGUCACCAAGCCUCCAAAUCCGGCAUUUGCUCCCUUAAGUGGCUCUCGCUCUCAUAUGAGCGGAAUUCGUGCAGGGAACUUUGCCGCACUAUCUAGAGGGAUCCCAGUCUCUUCUACUCCAUCUACAGUUGUUAAUACGCCUGAAGUGCCUCACUUCGAGCUUAAAGAGGAUCCAUCAUUCUGGAUGGAUCACAAUGUACAGGUUUUAAUACGUAUCCGCCCUCUCAAUAAUGCGGAGCUGAGUUCACAUAGCUACCUCCGGUGCUUGAAGCAAGAAAGUACACAGAGCAUUACUUGGGUUGGACAGCCGGAAUUCCGAUUCACAUUUGAUCACGUAGCUUGUGAAACAGUCAAUCAGGAAAUGCUUUUCAGAGUUGGAGGUCUGCCAAUGGUUGAGAAUUGCCUUUCGGGUUACAACAGCUGUAUGUUUGCUUAUGGCCAGACAGGAAGCGGGAAAACUUAUACGAUGCUUGGUGAGAUUGAUGAAUUGGAAGUUAAGCCAAGCGCAAACCGUGGAAUGACGCCACGCAUAUUUGAGUUCUUGUUUGCAAGAAUAAGAGCUGAAGAGGAAAGCCGAAGGGAUGAAAAGUUAAAGUACCAUUGCAAGUGCUCAUUCUUAGAGAUUUACAAUGAACAAAUUACGGAUCUUCUUGACCCAUCAUCCACGAAUUUGCUUUUGCGAGAGGAUAUUAAAAAGGGUGUAUAUGUUGAAAAUCUCACUGAAUUUGAAGUCCAGACUGUGACUGAUAUUCUUAAGCUUCUUAGCCUGGGUGCUGCAAAUAGGAGAGUUGCAGCCACAAACAUGAACAGAGAGAGUAGCCGAUCACAUUGUGUCUUUACGUGCGUGAUUGAGAGUAGGUGGGAAAAUGAUUCCACAACUAACCUACGAUUUGCAAGGCUAAACCUUGUAGAUCUUGCUGGUUCAGAAAGGCAGAAAACGUCUGGUGCUGAAGGUGAACGCCUAAAGGAGGCUGCAAACAUCAACAAAUCAUUAUCUACACUUGGUCAUGUAAUAAUGCUUCUAGUGGAUGUGGCACAAGGGAAACAACGACAUGUUCCUUACAGAGAUUCAAGAUUGACCUUCCUUCUUCAGGACUCGCUUGGUGGAAACUCCAAGACAAUGAUCAUUGCUAAUGUCAGCCCUUCUAUGUGUUGUGCAGCUGAAACACUAAGCACUUUAAAGUUUGCCCAACGGGCAAAACUUAUUCAAAACAAUGCCGUUGUGAAUGAAGAUUCUUCGGGAGAUGUGCUUGCAUUGCGACACCAGAUACAACUUUUAAAGGAGGAGCUUUUUGUUCUUAAGCGUCAGAAUGUCUCUAGAUCUCUUUCAUUUGGUUCAACAAUGCUUGUGGAUACUGACGGGGAAGGAUAUGACACUGCUUCUCUGGAAAGGAUACCUGAAAUGGAUCAUCAGAAAGCCGAAGAUUUUCAUGGAUCCGCACCAUUGGGCACUGUGAGAGUGUCCACAAAACAGUUGAAAUCUUUGGAAACGAUACUUGCGGGUGCCUUGAGGAGAGAAAAGAUGUCAGAUACUUCAAUUAAGCAACUUGAAGCUGAAAUUGAACAGUUGAACCGUUUGGUUCGCCAAAGGGAAGAAGACACUCUUCGCACUAAAAUGAUGCUGAAAUUCCGGGAGGAUAAGAUUCGAGGGAUGGAAUCACUAAUUGGAGGUUUAUUGCCUUAUGAUACAUACCUAAUGGAAGAAAAUAGAGCACUAUCAAAAGAGAAUGAGUUACUUCGAGCUGGAAUUGAUAGGAACCCAGAAGUGACUCGUUUUGCAAUGGAGAAUAUCAGGCUUUUAGAUCAACUUAGAAGGUAUCAAGACUUUUAUGAAGAAGGGGAGAGAGAACUCCUUCUGGCUGAAGUAUCUGAGUUACGGGAUAAGGCAGUUCAGUUCCUAGAUGUGAAAAUUUCGAGGCAAGGCCAAGAUAUGAGUGUGUUAACUCAGGAAGCUGGGAAUGUUGGCAGAGAAGAUGACUCAUUUCGUUUGGAGUUGGAAAACACCCGCCAAGAGUUAGAAGACUACAGGAAAAACCUAAAAUCUUGCAUGGAAAUCAAUUCAAAACUCACGAGAGAGCUAGAUGAUCUGCAUGCUCAAUUUAGGAACCUCAAACCUGCACCCCUUGAUACAGAUGCCAAUGUUAAUCCUCAGAAGGAGUCCUUGGCAGAAUCUAAACCAAAUCAGAAUCACUUGCUUGAAGAAGUUGAAAAAGAGAAAUGGAAGCAUGAAAUGCUAAUGAAGCACACAGAAGAAACCAUGAAUUUGCAACUGGAGUUGGAUAUACUAAAGAUUAUACUCCAGGAAGAAAGAUCGUCUCGUGAUGAUGUAGAGGAAAGGACUCUGUGCAUGUGUAGAAACCUUGAGUUGGCAAAAGAGAGGUGUUUGCAGAUUAGCAAGCAAUUUGAAGAUGCAAAGAUUGAAUUGAAAGAUGCAAAGAAUUUAAUUGAAGCUCUUGAAUCUCAACAUAUUUUAUCAAUAAAUGAACUGGAGGACCUUAGGGACAGAAACGGUUACUAUGAGGAGCUUCUGAGUAAACAAGAGCAGGAAAUCACCAUUUUGAAGGACCGAGUAUGUGGUCAAGAAAUAAGAGAUCCCCCACCUUUGAAGGACCUCAGGAAUGAGAGUUCCCCGUUACAGGAAAAAUUGAAUAGGAUGCAAGAUUCUCUUGAAAAGGCCAAGAGAUUAAAUAUGUGGUACCAAAGCGAUCGGGCAUUUCAGACAUCCCACGAACAGGAAAUGGAUGAAGUUUGCUGCCAGGUAGAGGCUGAAACUGCUGAGGUGAUUGUCUGUUUGCAAGAAGAACUUGCAACUCUUCAGCAGCAAGUUGAGGAUGGUAACACAAAAGAGAUGCAGAGCAAACAAAGUUUGAUGCUUCUGGAGAGUGAAUUGAAGGUGCUGCAGGAAGGGCUACAUUUGAUGACCCAAGAAAACGAAAGGCUAGGCAAAGUACUUGAGCAGAAAGAUGUGGAAAUAAGAGCAUUAUCUGAAGACUGGGAAAGAUUGGGCUGUGAGAUUGAAGAAUCUCUUGCUGAUGGGCAUGAGGCACUCAAUGAAGCCUCUGAUCAGCUUGAUUUGAUAUCAAGUUCCCUACCUCAGAGGACUUGGAUUGGUGAGCAGGUGGUGUGGAUGAUAAGGACCAUCUCCGAGAAAGAAUCUUUGAUUGAAGAACUUCAAAGGUGUCUGGAGGAUGCGAAUAAUAUUAAAAGUGACAUGGAAUGGAAGCUGAGGUCCCUCAGAGGUGCUGCAUUGGCUAUAACUGAAGCACAACACCAGGAAAGAAGUGACAAGGAUAAUGAGAUUGCCGUAUUGAUGUCAGAGCUGAAUGAGAAAAAUACCGCUAUAAUAAAGCUAAAGAAUAGGGUUAUGCUGGGACAGGAUCAGAUUAGAAAGGCUGAGGUUUGUGCUAUGGUUGCUUUUGUGAUUGUAAAUAGAUUCUCUGAGAUAAACUCUGAUCACCUCAAUGCAUUGAAGCGGAAAGAUCUCCAGCUCAGUGAUUCCAUGGAUAUGAAUUUGAAGAAGGAUUCUCUUUUUUGUGAUCAGGCUGUUGUGAUUGCAGAAGCCGAAAAACAGAUUCAAUUUCUGAAAAUGGAACUAGAAUCAUCUAAGGAAAGCUGUAAUACACUCAAAACCCAACUUUUUGAGGAGAAGAAGCAUUUUUGUAGUUUGGAACAGAAGCUGGAAGAAUUUGAGAAAGAUGACAUUUUGAAAACAAGGGAGAAACUGAAUGAGUUUAAAAUGGGUAUUUCCACACUCAAUUCAAGUAUGAAUGAAUACACAGAUCAGUUGAGACGGCCUGAGAAAAUAAAUAUUCCAGGAAAGCAUGCAAAUAUAUGUGUGGAAGACAGUCAUGAGGGGCGGACUAAGACUGAAACACUUCAGGGUAGCAGCAACAAAGGGUCACAAGUUGAGGAUGCAAAUAAAGAUAUCCCACAGAGUUCUUUCAAACUAGGCAAUACUGUUGAUGGGCACUCAUGUGAACUGAAAAAUUCAUUGUCUGAAAGAAAUUCUAAAGGUAUCUUUGACAAAGAUUUAACGAUUGUUCUUCUCAGAAAAGAACUAGAGUCUGCACUGGUCAGCUUGAUGGAUGUUCAGGCUCAGAUGGCCGAACUAAUUGAUGAGAAGGAGGAGAUUAGGAAGUGUGAAAAAGAGGGUCGAAAAAGCAUUGAAUCUCUUACAGCUCAGGUGUUUGCACUGCAAGCGGAGAUAAGUAGCAUGGAAAAAGAAUCUGAUUUCAAAAUUACAGCAUUGGAUAAUAAGCUGCAGAUGGUUGAAGAAAUUGCACAAGAAGCUGGCAAUUGUUGGCUUGAAACAAAAAAGGUGCUUGAGCUUGAACUCAGCAAUGCAAAGGUGGUUGCAGAGCAGAAAACCGCUGAGGCUUCUUGUCUGCUUGCUAAAUUUGAAGAAGCUCAAGAAACAAUGAAAGAAGCAGAUGUAAUGGUGAAUGCACUGGUGGCAGCUAAUGACAAUGCAAAGCUUGAAAUAGAAAGGCUCAAAAGAAAGGAAGAAGUAUUAGUCAAUGAAAAGGACUUCCUAACCGCUGAGGUUCAGAACUUACAGCACUCUAAUUAUGUGAAGGACUCCCAGUAUGAUGACCUAGAAAAGCAGUUCAGAUUGAAUUUGAGUGAAACAAUGAGUCAAGUUUUGGCACUGGAGGAUAUCAUUGGACAAGUCCAUACCACUUUCAGGGAAGAAUUCGAGUCAAUUUUAUGUGAUUUCCACUGCUUCAAGGCUCAGCUUCUAUGUUCGAUGAAAUUAAUGAGGUCAUGGUUGGAGGAUGUCUGGUCUGAGAUUAUUGUGAAAGAUUGUGCUGUGUCAGUGCUACACCUUUGUCACAUGGGGAUUUUGCUGGAGACAGUGACUGGACUGAAUGCAGAAAAUGGAUUGCUUCAUCAUGGGUUGUGUGAAUCGACAUCUGUCAUAGCUAAUUUGAGGGACCACAAUUUGAAAUCAGAAAGAGAGCUUGAGAUAUGUAGAGUCCUUAAGGGGAAACUACUGGUUGACAUUAAAAACAGCUUUGAUCGCAUCACAAGGAAAGAAGAUGAAACUGGAAAGCUAAGUGCCAAGCUGCACUCUUUUGAGAAGAAAAUCUUGGAUUUACAGCUCCAAGAAGAGUCAAUGUUGGCUAGGUCAAACUCUAUAGGAUCUGAACUUGCCAUUUUAAUGAAAGAGUUGGACCUAAACAAUGUGAAUGCUUUGACAGCAAUUUUAGAUCAGGAGCAAGUGUUCAAAGAUAAAGAGGAGGUUAUGAAAUCUCAGGCUGAGUUUAUUUUGCUUGGUUCAACUGCCAAAGACAUUGAAUCACUAGUCUUGGCAUCAGAGUUGAAACUCAUGGGUACCAGGAAGGCUGAGCUGGAGAGAGAGCAAUCUGUACUCACUGCAAUUCUUGAGAAUACAAAGAAAGAAAUGAUCUUUCUUAAGGUAGAUGCAGAAAUGGAAAUGCAAUUGUUAACGGAUAUGGAACUUGAGGUUACCCUUGUAAAUAAAGAAAUUGAAGAAGCACGUACUGAUAGACAUGACUUGUCACUGAAGUUGAACCGAAGUUGCUUAAAAAUCACAGAGAUGGAUACAAUCAACAAGACCCUUGAGCUAGAUAUUCAAUCACUGAAGGAAGUUACAAGUUUUGAUGAUAAAUUAAAAGACGAGCUUGGUGGAAUCCUUGAAAUGAAGGAAAGAUUAGCAGUCCGGGUUCAAGAACUUGAGGCUGAAAGGGAAAGACUUCUUCAAGAUCUAGGAAUGAAGGAAACAACUCUGAGGUCUUCCUCUGAUCAUAUUGCUGUCCUUGAUUUAACAAACCAGAAAUUGCAGAAUGAUGUGUACUUGCUUGAAGGUUCAGUUUUCAGACUUCAAACUGACUUGGACUUGAAAGAUGCGGAAUUUAAAAAAAUGAGCUCCAUGGAAGAGGAAAAAGAGUCACUGGAAAUAGAGUUAAGCAUGCUAAAGGCCCAUCAUUGCACAGUCCUCAAAGAUCUAGCGGAGAAGGAAUCUGAGUUUCAAUCAUCUUUGUUCCUCAAAGAUCAGGAAAAAUGUAGUUUGCAUGAGAAGAUCCACUCCCUGGAAACUUCCAUUUGCAGACUUCGGGCUGAUCUAGAAGCCAGACAUGUAGAACUGGAAGAGGUUCGACAUUCUCACUCUGUCACAGCAGAGAAGUUUAGUUUGAAAAGCCAGGAUUUGGAGACUCAGAUUAUCAGAAAAAAUGCCUUGAAGGAAGAAAACUGUUAUUUCAGAGCUGAACUUCUGUCUAUUGGGAAAAACAGGGAUGACUUGCUUUCUUUGCUACGAUUGAAUACUAAGAUCUGUAUUGAUUCAGUUGAAGCUUUAGAUAUGUCAAGGGACAGAGUAUUUCAAGUAUUGGAGGAAAAAGGUAUUACAAUGUUAAAUAAUAUAUUCCGGGAGACUUGUGAAAAUGAAGAACGGGCAUCUAUGUUUAUAGAAGAAUCUGAGAGGUUGGAGCACCUUGCUGAAGAGCUGAUUUCUGAAAAUUUAUCCCUCAAGGCUGAGUUGUUGCGUAAAGAUGAAGUUUUGAAAGGUUUGUUGUUUGAUCUGAGCUUGUUGCAGGAGUCGGCGUCUAAUGCCAAGGACCAUAAAGAUGAAGUUGAAGAGAUGGUGGUCGCCCUGGAGUCUUUAGAAGAUGAGCUUGCAGUAAAAUCACGUGACCUUGAUGAAGCUGUAGCUCAUGGUGAAUUGCUUGAAGCUCAAUUGCAAGAGAAAAAAAACAUGAUCUUUACUCUUGAAUUGGAUAUUUCAGAGGAGCGUGAGUCGCUAAAACUGCUUUCACAAGAAAGCCAUGAGCUGAGAGUACACAUAGAAGAUAUUUUAGCGGCAAAAAGUUCCAUUGAAGAGGAAUUAAUGGAGAGAAGGAAGGUCAAUGAAAAGUUAGAGGAGGAAAUUCUUGGAAUGGGUAAUGCCCUUUGCCAGAUGAACUAUUUCAUUGAUAGCUUGAAGAAUGAUUUGAACACAGUUAUGAAUGAGAAGGAUAACCUUGAGUCUGAGUUACUUCUAUUGAAAGAGAAUCUAGAAAAAAUGCAUGCUUUAGCUGAAGAAAAUGAAGCUAUUGCAAUAGAAGCACGGCAGAUAGCAGAGUCUAGAAAGGUUUAUGCUGAAGACAAGGAGGAGGAAGUUAAGCUCCUUGAGAGAUCUGUGGAAGAGCUAGAAUGUACUGUAAAUGUGUUGGAAAACAAGGUGGAAAUUGUCAAAGGGGACGCUGAAAGGCAGCGGUUGCAGAGGGAGGAGCUAGAGAUGGAGCUUCAGGCUGUGAGGCAUCAGAUGCUUCUAAUGCAUACUUCUGGUGUUGUAAUGGAUUCAGAAGCUCAAGGCGUUGGAAGGGGUGAUGCUGACUUCCAAUGGUCAGGAGGGCAUUUACAAGAGAAAGAGACUGACUUGCUAGAAGCCCAAAAGCAGAUAGAGAUUCUUGAGAAGGAUAUGGCUGAGAAGGAUGCAGAGAUUUCCCAGUGCAGAGCACAUAUAUCUGAGCUAAAUUUGCAUGCAGAGGCACAGGCACGUGAGUACAAGCAAAAAUUCAAAGCAUUGGAAGCCAUGGCUGAACAAGUCAGAUCUGAAAACACAUCCUCCUAUGUCACAAACUCGACAUCAAAUAAACCAGAGAAGCCUGCUGCAAAAUCUAGGGGUUCUGCUUCCCCUUUUAAGUCUAGGGGUUCUGGCUCCCCUUUUAAAUGCAUUGGUUUGGGCUUGGCCCAGCAAAUAAACUCUGAGAAGGACGAGGAGCUUACUGCAGGGAGGCAUCGGAUUGAAGAGCUUGAGGCAUUAGCUGCAAGCCGACAGAAGGAGGUAUUCAUGUUGAAUGCUAGGCUAGCUGCUGCAGAGAGCAUGACCCAUGAUGUAAUACGAGAUUUAUUGGGAGUAAAGUUGGAUAUGACCAACUAUGCUUCAUUAAUGGAUCAUCAGCAAGUGCAGAAGAUAACAGGGAAGGUUCAGCUUCCAGGUGAAGAAUCCCAAGUAAAGGAGCAAGAGGUGUUCAACCUGAAGCAGCAGAUCAAUGAGUUUAUUGAAGAGAAGAAAAGAUGGUUGGAGGAAAUAAACCAAAAACAUGCUGAAAUGGUGGCUGCUCGCAUUGCAUUGGAGAAGCUUCGACAGAGAGAUCAAUUUUUAACAACCGAAAAUGAAAUGUUGAAGGUGGAGAAUGCAAACCAUAAAAAGAAUGUGAUGGAACUUGAAGAAGAAAUGAAAAAGCUUUCUGGCCAGCAAAACCUUCAGCAGCGUAUCCAUCACCAUGCCAAGAUUAAGGAAGAGAAUAAUUUGUUGAAAAUUCAAAAUGAUGACUUGAGUGCUAAGUUGAGGCGAACAGAGACUAUCCUAUCACGUGUUAGGGAAGAACUUGCUCGCUAUCGUGCUUCUAAUGGGAGGAGCCCUUUUACUGGUUUUGAUGAGGAGCAACGAUUAAAUGACAAACCAAAGGAAAAUGAUGAAGAGAGGCUCCAAUUAGCGGAGAAGCUGGUGGGUUUAUGCACCAGUAUUUUAAAGGCUUCUGGAAUAACAAGACCUGUAUCUGAUGUAACCCUCCCUGCAGCAGAAGAGGCACUCUGUCAGAUGAAAGAUCGAAUAACUACAUUGGAGACAGAGUUGGAAGAUUUAAAGUUUAAGAAUAGAAUAAGUAGCGAAAAGAUCCGAUUGUCUGAGCUCAAGCCACAAUCAUCACCAAACUCAAGAAGGGGAUCACAGACUUCAUUUGUGUCUGCUUUAAGUCGCUAGACCCAGACAAUGUCAACCCGCCAGGUCGUUCACCUGGAAGUGUGUUGCUUUUUCUCUGACAGUUUGAAGCUUGAAAUUGGCCUCAGUUGUUAGUUGUUUGUGCUCCUAUUAGCUGACCCAGUUGCCUGAUGAACCAUCAAGAGUCAAAAUUAUUCUUUAGUUAUUCUUUAACAAUAUUCUGUAUCAUAUUCUGUAAGACAAUGAAAUGUCCAUAUUGAUUGAUUCUUUCCCAA